GAUUCCUCUCUCUCCAAUAACUCUUCCUCAAGUUAGGGAUAAACAAUGAAUGAAAACGAAAGUUAGGCGACAUAUUCCCUUUAGGGUUAAAUUUUAACAUUUUUGGUUAAGAGAGUCUCCGAACUACGUAGAUCAAUGAAAUAGCCUGCUCUAGGGCUUGUUGAGCAAAGCAUUCUGGUAUUUAUCGGAGGAAGACUAAGCACCAAACUUGGAACGCCUGGCAAAAAACACACAUAUAAAAAAUGGCGGGCGGCAAUGUUUGCGUUGAAUGUGGUCAAACAACUUCGUUAAAGAAGCUCUACAGAAAGUUCGAAGGAGGAGCAAUUCGUAUUCUAUUUUGUGAAAGCUGCGACAACAUCAUGGAUAAAUACCUAGAAUUUGAUCCUGUACUUAUUUGUUUGGACGUUCUUCUACACAAACCCCAAGCUUAUAGACAUGUACUUAUCAACAGAAAACCUAAGAUACAAUGGCACCUUUGUGUAUUAUAUCUAUUAUGUGAUGCAUAUGUGAAAUGGUCAGAUGUCAACAGCGCAGGAAAACCUGUAUCCUCAGCAAACACCAAAGAUCACUCCGUUUUAGAAUUGGAAUUUUAUUACAUUCUUUCAGAGGCAUGUUUUGAAUUCCUGAUGUUUUUCUGUGGUCUGUUUCUUGGAAUUAAAGUAUUAAAUAUUAUCUACACUUCAAAGCAAAGAAACCAGCAAGACUUUUACAGAGAACUCUGUUCAGCCAUAUUGCUAUCAAGUUUUGGUAAACUACUAGUUAUACCUGUAGUACUGUGGUCCAAUUCCUAUAGUAAAGUUUGCCUCUGGUUGGUAAAACUCUUUGUAUUUACCUCAAAUGCUGAAGCAAUAAAAGUUGUGUUAUCUAUGGACUUUCUCCAGUCAUGUUUUGUCGUAGCGUUUGGUUUGUUGGUCAACGCCUGCUUCAAGCAAGAAAACUUCACUUUAUUGUCAAGUUUAAUUUAUAAAUAAUAUGAAUUAGAAUUAAAAAAAAGGAUAUGAUGCAAUAUCAUGUAAUCCUUGUAUUUUUUGUAGGGACAGUAGAUUAGCUACGUUGUCACGACAUUCGAAAAGAAGGUUUGAUAAUAUAGUACGCAAAAAACACGUAUUUUGCGCUGUUUUCAUCAAUUAGGAAUCUCAUUUUACGUGAUACCUUGGACAUAUCAGGGGCAUACCGUGGGCGCGCAGUACGUGGUUUGAAUCAUGAAGUACAAAGUGGUGCAAACUGAUCAGACUCACAUAGAGCAAAACCUCUGUCUCCCAAGUCACAAAAAUUAUUAAAAUGAAUUCCAUAUAUAAACCAGUAGCUCAUUUUCGAUAUUCUGGUUAAAUAGUCAUACACAAAAGAACUGACGAUGACCUCCGGAAAAAAGAGUGUUUAGACGUAAUUUUGAAGGACUGUGACGUCAACCAGCCCAA